AUGGCCAAAAAAAUACAAUAUAGGAAUAAUCCAUUCAAUGUUACAACAAUCUUUAAAUGCUCUAAUCAAAUCCCGAGGGAUCUUCAAAGAACAAUUCCUUUCAAAUUCGAAAAAAUGAUGUUUGUUAAUCCAACACUACAACGUGGAGUAAUUAGUAUAGACAAAAACAAUAUAGAAAUUUUUAUUACGAUUCCAAUAUCAAGUUGGGCUGCAAUUGCUUGCAAUUUAAUUAUUCCAAAUUCAGACAUCCGAUUUUACGAGCCAAUUUUUGUUGGAAACGGAGAAUUUGAAGCAGAUGAUUCAAUGAAUCGUUGUAAGAUUCCAAUUUACGCAGAAAGUCCUACAAAAUUUAGAAUUAAAUUGCCAUGCCACGAUUUAUUAUGUUACGCACCAAGUUGCUGUUUGCCAAAGAUGUUUGUAUGCACUCGUUGCUACGACUAUGUAAUGAUGAACUUUAUCCUUGACAUUUCCGUUAUUUCAAGAAAUCUUGAAGGAAUUACAGGUUUAAUCAAGUCAUUAUAUUGGAAAUUAGAUUACGAUGGUCUUGGUUUCUUCUGCAGCGUUUCAUCUAAGAUCGAAACCGUUGAAUUUAUCUCAGAUGAUCCAAAAUUGAAACAAAUUGUAUUAGAUAUUCUUCCAAAGAUAGAACAGCAUAAGAAUCCAGAAAAUGGUGUCAAAAUACAUCUCAACGGCAUCGAAAUAAUGGAAUUUGUUUAUGGAAUUGGAAGAUCAAAAUAUUAUUUUGUCUGUAUCCUCAAAAAUCAACCAUUUCAAUUUGUUGAACGUGGAUUUUCUGUUAUAUGUGCUUAUAUUGCCAUGAUUUUCCACAUUUACGUUACUCAUUCCGAAGAUUCUUUGAUGAUUGAAAGAAUUGACAAGUUAAUCUCUGCCAACACUAAAGCAACAUAUCUCGAAUUCGUUGGCCAGACAGCUUAUUCAACAAACACCAUAGUUGAAUAUAAAGGAGAAUAG